CUAAACAACAAUAAAAACAAAACCACGUACCCAACAAAUCGGCAAUCAGCGCAAUAAAAUCAAAGCCAAAUGUCCACGUACUGGACACGACACACACACACUAGUUAACUACAAUGCAAAUUGUGUAAAUAUUUGCGAUUUUCCCUUGCUUCCCGAGUCUAGCGUUUAAGUAAAAAGAUAAACCAAUCCAAAAUGAAAUUACCGGAACGUAGCCGUUUUGUCAUUUAUGCUGUGGGCAUUUUUGUUUGUUACUUUCUCUACGGUAUUGUGCAAGAGAAAUUGACGCGGGGGCGUUAUGGCGACCAAGUGCAACCAGACGGAAGUGUUGGUCAACGGUUUACCUAUGCCUUGGCCCUGGUGUGGGUGCAGUGUGCCUGCAAUUGUUUGUUUGCAAAAGGACUUUUGAUGAUCAGACCUACCAAGGAGGAUACUACACAUACCGGCUAUUAUGCUGUUAGUUCCUUGACUUAUUUGCUGGCCAUGGUAUCCACAACAAUGGCUAUGCGAUGGGUUCCUUAUCCAACAGCUGUGGUGGGCAAGGCAGCCAAACCCAUACCAGUAAUGAUCUUAGGUGUACUCAUUGGGCGGAAAACAUAUAGCUGGACUCGCUAUGCCUGUGUGCUAACUAUAGUCCUUGGUGUCAUUCUGUUCAUGUACAAGGAGAGCAAAGUGUCGAAUUUACCAGCAGAGUCCACGAUGCUGGGUGAAGUGUUGCUCUUCCUAAGUCUUUCUAUGGAUGGCCUGACCGGGGCAGUGCAGGACCGGAUUCGGGCAGCUAGUUCUCCAUCAGGUCCACAAAUGAUGGUGGCCAUGAAUUUCUGGAGUACACUGAUGCUUUGCGUGCCCAUCCUUGUAACCGGUGAAGCCAAGGAUUUCCUAUCCUUCGUUUUGAGUCAUCCUGAGGCUUUGACACACCUGGCUUUGAUUUCUGUGUGCGGUGUCAUAGGACAAUUUUUCAUUUUCCUAAUGGUUGCCAACUUCGGACCAUUGGCCUGUUCCGUUGUUACCACUACAAGAAAAUUCUUUACUGUUCUUUGCUCUGUAUUGCUUUUUGGCAAUGUUCUAAUCGCCCGGCAAUGGCUGGGAGCAGUAUUGGUAUUUUCUGCCCUAUUUGUGGAUAUGUUUUAUGGCAAAAAAGAUUCCAAACCUGCUUCAGCACCGCGAAAAACGUCUUCGGGUGAUGGCAAAUCAAAAACCCCUGAACUUAAGAAACUUACUUCUUAGGCAUUAAUUCAAUAAGUCAAAAUUAUUUGUUCUUUUAGCUUUAACUGCGGAUCGUACAAAAAUUAUAAAUUGAAUGUUUCAUAUUUGUUAAUUUAAAA